UGACGUCACAGUCUCAUCUCGCGAGACUGUGACGAUUCGCUGGGUGAGCUGGCCUGAAGGGGUCUUGGAGCUGGACAUUUAAACGACGUUGCGGGACUUUUAAACAGCGAUCCGGGACUGCGGGCUGUGUUAUGAAAAGCGGCACUGUUGGGCGAUACAAAAUGCAGGAAGGGUCAGAAGAUCAUAACCACCGGAGGACUUUUUGAGUCCUUUCGUGUCUUUUCUGAGUAUUACACUGCCACCGGGCCCUGUGAUGGCGCAGAGCAGUCAGCAACUUGACAUAAAGGUAUUAAAUGAUCUUCAGCAACGCUUCCCAGAGAUUCCACGGGAUGUGGUUUCUCGGUGCAUGCUGCAGAACAACUGCAAUCUUGAUGCUUGUUAUAGAGCUCUUACACAAGAGAGUUGCAAGUACCUGUAUAUGGAAUAUCAUAAUUUAGAUGAAGCACGAAUGAACAGUAAUCAUUUGCACAUAAACCUCGGCAUUCAUCCAAGUAGCUCAUAUCAUACAGGAGAUGGGGCACAGGUUAAUGGACGUCCACUGGUUCACAGCUCAAGCGAUGGACACAUUGAUCCACAGCGCUCUUCAGGCAAGCUUUUGUGUCUUGUUCCAGAACCCCAUUCUGCUCCAGCAGUUGUGGCACAAAAUUACAAUCCAUUCUUCUUGAAUGACCAGAAUCGAAAUUCACCAACACCCCCUCCACAGCCAGUUCAGCAACCAGGUGUGGGCACGUCUGCUAUGCAAGCUUCUCUGCCUACUUAUAUGCAUGUACCUCGUUAUAGUGCAAAUCCUAUAACUGUAACAGUGUCACCUUCUGGCCACAAUGUUCCUAGAGCUUUACAGAUAGUUCCUCAAGUUCAGAACAAUCCCUAUGGAACACCUAUUUACAUAAGACAGCCAUCACAGAAUUCUCCUGGCAGACAGACCACGCAGAACACUCCUUGGCCACCUUCACCUCAAGCUGUUCUUCCCCAUUACAAUCCAUGUCCUCCUUAUCCUCAAAGUUUUCAAACUACACAGUAUUCUCCGAAACAGCCUCAGAUUCCACAGUCUGCUUUUCAAUCCCCACCAACUUCACAAUGCACUUCUCCCUACAGUUCUCCACAACAUCAAGUGCAGAACAAUCAACUGAGCCACCAAACUUCACAUGUGUUUUUGCCACCCAGCCCAUCAACAGUGUCACCUUAUCUAUACCAGCAGGCACCUCCUCCCUAUCCUAAGCAAAGUAGCCAUUCUCUUGCGUAUCAUCCCUAUGGACCUGGUCUAAACAAGGGACCUAUGAACAAGAUAGAAAUCACAGUUGAAUCGCAACAAAGACCUGGACCCACUUUGAAUAGAAGUCCGUCACCAAUAAAUAACCAUUCUGCCCAAAGAAGCCAACAACAUCCCGUUUAUGGUUCAAAUGCACGUUCAGGGUCACCUUCAAGGGGAAUAUCUAGCCAGCCAAAGGCUUCAUACAGUGGCAGCCCAUUAUUUAUAACUUAUUCACAACCACCUACAACCACUGGGUCUCCAACCCCUUCUUCACGUGUUUUGAUGUCUCCGUCUAACCCAACCGUGUUUAAAAUCACUGUUGGACGUGCCCCAACCGAAAAUUUGUUAAAUAUAGUGGACCAAGAGCAACAUCCCAGCACACCAGAGCCUAUACAGCCCAUUUCCUUGUUGCCAGUUUCUGGUGGAGAUAAAGGAAUCCAUAAAUAUCACAGAAGUUCAAGCUCGGGGUCAGAUGAUUAUGCAUAUACCCAAGCCUUAUUACUGCAUCAAAGAGCAAGAAUGGAGCGGCUGGCUAAAGAGCUGAAACAUGAAAAAGAGGAGCUGGAAAAACUGAAAACAGAAGUUAAUGGCAUGGAACAUGAUCUAAUGCAGCGCCGCCUCCGGCGAGUGAGCUGUACAACUGCAAUUCCAACUCCAGAAGAAAUGACCAGACUGAGAGGCCUCAACAGGCAACUCCAAAUAAAUGUUGACUGUACACAGAAAGAAAUUGAUCUGCUUCAGUCACGAGGAAUGGGAAAGCUUGAUGUAAAAGCAAUGAGUAACUUUUAUGACAACUUGGCACCUGGACCUGCUGUUCCACCUAAUACUUGUAAAAAGGAGUCAUCAGAAACCACUUCAGGAGAGAGGAAAGCCAGACGAAUAAGUGUAACCUCCAAAAUGAAAUCUGACCCUCCUGAUUUACAGGCUCCUACUAGUUUGGAUAUUGUGCAUAGGCAAAGGUCCAGCCCAAGACCAGCAAGAGAUGAAGAUUUUGAAGGGUCUCCCUGGAACUGUAAUAGCUGUACUUUCCUCAAUCACCCUGCACUAAACCGCUGUGAACAGUGUGAGAUGCCACGAUUCACCUGACUUCACUGUAAAAGCCUUCAUUUUGCUUGACGUUUUAAUAUUGAUUCUAUCUAGCAUGCAAGUAAGGAACCUUGCUUAAGUCAGCUGGAUCAACAAGCUGAGACCAGCUGCAGAGAAGGACUUGGGAAUAUUGGUUACAAAACCAAUAAUGGGAGAACCAUGGUGAUGAUAUGGCAGAAUGCUCUCUACAGUCUUGUCCAUGCAUGAUGGAGGUCUCAAGAUGCUGGUCAUUUGGUUGCCAUCAUUUGUUUCUCCAAAAGAAAAAGAAACUCCAAGAUUGUAUAGAAGCAAAUGAAGUGAUUUGCUGACCAAUUAUCUGGACAUAUUAGAAAAACACAGGUGAAAUGGGACAAAAUAUUAUAUUCUGCUUCUUGUAAGCAUCCUACUGAAUGAAGACUUUAGUUGUGGUGUUGUAGUAUAACACAAAUUUCUGAAGCCUACUCGGAAACAAAAAAGGAAUUGCUGCUUUAUUCAGAGUAACUGUGUCCAUAUGAAAUGAGAAAUGCUGUUAUAAAAAGAAUCGCGGGUGUGAAAUCAAGGGUUUUAGCCAUACCUUUCUAGAAUAUAUUAUAAAAGCGAUAUUGCUGCCCCCUUGGUUUAUGCUGUGUCAUGAAACUACUGGUAAUGUUAACAAUCAUUAUUAUAAAAAGAUGGAGAUACUGCUGCAUGUACUUUCUUCCCACCCUAUUCUGGUUAUACCCGAACGCUUUGUAAGCGCAUUAAACACAACCUUAUGUAUAAUUGCUCAGGUGGAGCAUAUGGCAAAGAUGCCAAACACUGAUGUACUACUAUAUGGAAAAUACACACUAAUAACAUGUUAUUCCUUCAUUCAUACAUACAUAGAUAUAUUCACCAUCCAUGCAUAGAUGUGCAUUCUGUGUGUGAGCUUCUGUGAAUCAUGCUUGAUGUUUACAGCACAGGAAGAUACUUUGUGCCCUUACAGACCCAUAAUAUCUGCUGAAGAUCCAAGAUUCGAUAUAGCUGUGUUAUUUGCACAUUGUUAAUACACCUGCUUAUACAAAUGAAGGCAAAAAUCGAAAUAUUGUGCACUGCAUUUUUUUUUUUUUUUUUAAAGUUUUUAAUUUUGUUAGCAAAAAAAGAAAAACAAACAAAAAAAAAAUUGAAACACAUAUAUGGUUUUGAAAUCAUGUUGGUACUUCUAAUGCAUUUAAAUUCCUGUAUUGUGAAGGUGAUUGGUUUGCAUCCUGCAAUUUGCUGAAGUAAUAAAGCAUCCAAUUGUUUUGUGAAA